AGACCAAACACGUCACUGCGACUAAAAGCGAUCAUCUCCAGUCAGUUGAGAGUUUUUCCUCAAAGUGUCACAUUGUGCUCUGUUCAAGUUAAAAAUCGCGCUGUGUGGAGAGGACAAAAGUGAUGAUUUUGGCCAUUAAAAAUUUAUAGGCUGAGAAUACAAGGAGCUCUCAGAAGAACCGCAGGACAAACUGUUGUGCAAAAAAAAAAUACUCCAAGGUGGGAUAAUAAAAGAGUCUGUGUGUAUUUUUUUGAGGUGAGAGACAAAAGGGAUGAUAAAGGCACUAUAAGUAGAAAAAGAAAUCUGUGAGGAAUUUUUAAAUGUAAAUUAAGUGCAGAUAUACUCGCAAAAUUUAUUAAUACAUACAAGAUACAUAAUGUACAAACAUAUAUAAGUACUGCGGCAUUUCUUUUGAGACACUCCGGGUGAAUAUGCAAAUGAAUUAAAGACGAAAGUGAUUUUGCGGUCAAUUUGAAGUGGCAAACAGGAGAAGCUUUUCUUUAGCUUUUUCACUGCAGAGAGAGUGGGAGAGCGAACAUUUUUGCUAGGCAACAUUUUUUAUUUAAAUUCACGACAACACCUGUGAAGUUGGUGAGAUAAGCCCGAAGAGAGAGAGAGAGAGAGAGAGAGAGAGAAGGAGAGAGAAAGAGAAGAAAUUUUUUUCGCAAAGUUUGGGAAAAGUGUUUGCCUUUGAGACACGAUUUUUCCGCCUGAAAAAAUAUAUACACCUUGUGCAGCAAUUUUCCCAUACGGCCACACCAUAGCUGACCCCUUCGAUAAUUUACCAAAAACGUUUUAAAUAAAGAGGAGGAUUUAUUCUUGGUGCAAAACUGAAAAGGAAAAGAAACCUUUUGAGGUGGGCGAAAACGAGAGAAAAUUUAUUUCUCCAAUAACGUGGUAUCUCGCAUAAUAUGUUUCUACAUGUGCAUUUGAGGUGUUGACAAACGGUUUCUCCAGGAUGGAGAUUCGGGGCAUUGUUGUCACCACAAUGCGCCCCUUCACAGGCAUCCACAGCGGUGUUGACCAAAUGUUUGUAAUAUGUCUCUUGAGUCUACUUGGAGUGAUGUGCCAAUUGGCGGAGGGUCGUCACCACGACCUAAGCAAUACGCAAUCAUUUAAGUCGGGGCCAAAGCACAUUGCAUCCGUGGAAGCGGCAGCGGUGUCAGUCUUAGGCGAAUCAACAUUAGAAGUAUCAAGCGAGAGUGAUGAUACAAUUUUUACCCCCUAUCUUGGCCAUGGUGAUGCAGUGAGAGUUGUGGAUGCGGAAUUGGGCACACUGGAGCGUGAAGGUGUGUCUGCUGGGAGUGACGGCACAUCUCAGCCACGACGUCGCAAUAUCAGCCGGCGCGAAUCAAAUCCGGAUGCUGAGGAAAACGAUCCUCUGAUUGUGACAACGGAUAAGGGGAAGGUGAGAGGUGUUACAUUAACAUCUCCAACGGGUAAGAAGGUGGAUGCGUGGAUGGGGAUUCCGUACGCACAGCCACCUGUUGGUGCACUGCGCUUCCGACAUCCACGACCGGCCGAACGGUGGUCCGGAAUCCUCAAUGCCACAACCCCGCCAAAUACGUGUGUUCAGAUUGUCGAUACGCUAUUCGGCGACUUCCCGGGCGCCACUAUGUGGAAUCCUAACACUAACCUUACGGAGGAUUGUCUCUACAUUAAUGUCGCAGUACCACAUCCACGUCCCAAAAACUCACCAGUUAUGCUAUGGAUCUUCGGUGGUGGAUUCUACUCAGGAACAUCCACACUCGAUGUGUACGAUCACAGGACCCUUGUAGCGGAGGAAAACAUCAUUCUGGUAUCUAUGCAGUAUCGUGUGGCUAGCCUGGGCUUCCUCUAUCUUGGUACUCCUGAUGCCCCUGGCAAUGCGGGUCUUUUCGAUCAACAUCUCGCUCUGCGAUGGGUACGAAAUAACAUUCAUAGAUUCGGCGGUGAUCCUACAAGGGUUACACUGUUUGGUGAAAGUGCCGGUGCUGUGUCGGUUUCCAUGCAUCUACUGUCGUCUUUAUCACAUGAUCUCUUCCAACGUGCUAUCCUUCAGAGUGGUUCACCAACGGCGCCGUGGGCCCUCAUUACGCGCGAUGAAGCCAUCAAUAGAACCCUUCGCCUAGCCGAAGCCGUGGAGUGCCCUCACAAUCGAGAUGAGCUAUCUGAAGUGCUGGAAUGCUUGCGUAGCAGGGAUGCCAAACAACUGGUUAACAAUGAGUGGAACAAUCUCGGAAUAUGUGAGUUUCCUUUUGUACCAGUUGUAGAUGGAUCCUUUCUUGAUGAGUCACCACAGAGAGCAAUGGCAACUGGCCGUUUUAAGAAGACGGACAUCCUCACGGGAAGUAAUACUGAGGAGGGAUACUACUUCAUCAUAUACUAUCUAACUGAAUUGCUGAGAAAAGAAGAGGGCAUAACUGUAACACGUGAAGAGUUCCUCAAGGCUGUUCGAGAACUCAAUCCCUAUGUCAAUGGUGCCGUGCGUCAAGCUAUCGUAUUUGAGUAUACAGACUGGACUGAUCCGGAUAAUGCUCAUAGCAAUCGAGAUGCACUGGAUAAAAUGGUUGGUGACUAUCAUUUCACGUGCAAUGUGAAUGAAUUUGCUCACAGAUAUGCUGAGGAGGGCAACAAUGUCUACAUGUAUCUCUACACCCAUCGCACCAAAGCAAAUCCAUGGCCACGCUGGACGGGAGUUAUGCAUGGGGAUGAAAUUAACUAUGUAUUUGGAGAGCCUCUCAAUCCUUCACUGACUUAUACGGACGAAGAGAAGGAAUUCAGCCGGAGGAUUAUGAGAUAUUGGGUGAACUUUGCAAAGACCGGAAAUCCCAACCCUGGAUUUGUAUCAAACCUGCCCGAUUGGCCAAAACAUACUGCUCAUGGAAGACAAUACAUGGAAUUAGGGCUCAAUACGACUUACCUCGGUCGUGGACCUCGACUAAGGCAAUGUGCUUUCUGGAAGAAGUACCUUCCUCAAUUGAUGGCUGCCACGAUCGAGAACAGUUCAACCAAAAAUUGCACCAACGUUGGAAACCAAUUCGUGAGGAAUCCAAAUUUUUCAAUACCCACAACACUAUUAGUCAUACUGGGAAUACUGAGUGUCAACUAAUGACGCCCUUCCUGAUCAAGAGUACCACAAUUAUGUGUUUCGUCACAGUAAUUGCUAUUAAAAUUUAUAUACUAAAUUCAAAUGUGAAGUAACGCGAUUUACACAUGAUUUAUUUUGGAAAUUAUGAUUAAAUUUAGUUGUGAUUCAUGUUUUAUUCGCCAAAGAGAGAAAAAAUUAAAAAAAAAAUUGUGAAAAAGACAGUCCACCCAUAUUUAUUGCAUCCAUCCAUCAUCCAAAAAAAAAGAAAAAAAUGAAUUAGGCUUAUAUUAUCUCUUAAAGAGUAUUCAUUAUAACUUAAUUAUAAUAUGUAAUUAAGCAAUUAACGCAAAUUGCAUUGAGUGGAAUUUAAACGAACAUGCCCUCAAUAUGGUUCAGUUCUAUCAAAUAAAUUCUAUAUAUAUGCACUACUAACCUAUGCAUAUUUGUAGAAUUCUAUGCAUCGAAUGAACCAUAAAUUAAAUGUUCAAAAUGUACGAUGUCCCCAUGAGAUUAGGCACUAAAGGAGGCGUAACUGUAGGGCGGAUAUCCUGAAGAAAAUCCAUUGCAGAUGGCAUUACAUUGGCAUAAGGGAUGAAAAUACUAUCGGUCAUAAAUGUAGUGGCUUUAUACAUAAACAAUAUUUUAUUAUGUGAUGUAAGAAAUAAUCAAAUACUAACGAUUGCAAAAGUCUCGGCUUGACUGAAUUAUUAAUUUUAUUAUGUAAAACUAAAAAAUAUACCUUAGAGAGAAUUACAUUAAAGAGGAAGAAGUAUAAAUUGAAAAAAAAUGAAAGAAGAAAAAGAAAUUAAUAUAGGAGAUAAUAAAGAAAAGAUGUUCAGAUAAAAACAUAUCAUUUAAGCUUACAAUUUAGUAGGAUGACUAACAAAGUACUAUAAGAUAUGACCAUUUGAGAAAAGUCUACAACAUUCACUGUUCAUUCAACUAAUGAGGGUAAUCGGCUUAAAAAUUACAUUUUUUUUUCAAAUACUCUUAAUUUUGGAAAAAAAAGGAUAAAAUGAAUAAAAUAUAGUAAGACAAAGGGGCAGAACUUUGACCGAAUAUAUCGGAUAGUAUAGUGUAUAGUCCUAAUUUUUGAAUCUGAAAGUUUUUGAGAUUGAACUACAAACUACAACUUGUAACUGCAACGAAUUUUUUCAAGUUGUUGAAAAUUCAGUUUUAAACUCCUUUUCCAUUAAUUUACAUUUGUAAAUCAAUAUUUAAUAAUGGUACAUAAACUAGUGCAAAAUGUUGAUGUGUUGCUAAAAGCCAGUUUUUAAGAAUGUCUGCUAGAGAGAUAGGAUUCAAUCUCUAAUGUCAAGUCAGCCCGGUGUCAUACAAAAAUACUUUAUGACGUAAAGAAGAGACAAAAAAAAAGAGAAAUAAUUAUCAUGGAAAGCCAAAGAAAAUAAACUUCCAACUUAAGUUUUUUCCUGUUGCUAUAAAUUUCUAAAACACUGUUUUUUCAUCACAAUAAAAUCUUUUGCUUAAAAACUCUUUCUACUUGAAAAAUCGUUAUAUAAUUGAAUUUCCCAGUCUUUGCUGCCUUAUGUAUUGUGAACCAAAUAAAAAAUGAAAACAAUAGGUUUGACAAGUUUAGAAUAUAAAAAUAAAAAUAGAUGACAUUUUACGCUUUUUGAGGCGAAAGAGGAAAUAAAAAAAGGUUUUUCAAUAAUGAAAUUUUUACACCUACAUAUUUAAUAAAAAAAAAGAUGAAAAAUAAUUAGGAGAAAUUUGUCUAAAUAUCGUUCUAGUCAUAAAAAAAGGAAUAUGGAAAUGCUUUUAAUUUUAAUAAUGGUGUAAGUGUAAGUGGAAUAGAACAAAAAAAAAUGACAUAAAAAGUAAUGUCCUAAUACAAAUUUUCAUAUUGACAUUGUUUCCUACAAAAAAAAAACCUUACUUGGUAAGAACAACGUAUUUCUACUAAUUUUUACGAAGAAACCCGCAAUCAUUAAUUUUUUCAUGGCAUUUCUACCUUUCUUUUGUUUACCUACAAAUAACGCACCAUGAUAUAGGGAAGACGUUUUUCUUCUAAUGUAAGAGAAAUAGCGAAAAAUGUGGAAAAAAUACAAAAAAAAAGAUCAGUAUCGAUAGUAAAAAUCAAUAUUAAUAGAGAAUGAGUCAAAAAAAUACUUGUUAUUUGUGCAUAAAAGCGGAUUUACCUGCACGUACUGUUCCAAUAUGACACGAUAAUAUGCGUUAAAGAGUAACUAUAAAAUGAGGUAUUUAAAUGAACGACCAACUAAAUAAAUUGAUUAAAAAUUUAAAAAAAAAGGUAAAAUUACUAGUCAUGUAGUAAAUUUAGUGUUAUGAAAAUAUAUGUAAAUAGUAUAUGGAGCAAAAUAAUAUUAAGAAAAUUGAAGGAAAAUCUACAAUAGUUUCCUAAAUAGAAAAGAAAAAAAAGAAAGAAUCUGUCUGAAUGAGACGGUAUUCAUUAUUUCUUGAAGUUUGUUCACAUCCGAUAACAAAAGAAAUAAAAUAGUUAUGUAAUGAAUUUCAGACGUUUUGUGCUUAAAAUACUAAUUAAGCUUUGUAGUAGUGAAUAAUUCUAAAAAAGAAAAAAAGGAAAAAUGAAAAGGAUGACAGAGAACAGUUUGAAGUCGUUGAUUGAACCAGUGAGAAGAAAAAUGAAUACAAAUUUUAAAAAAAAUGCAAUCACUUAAAAAUCGUCAAGUACUGUGAUGUGAACAUAGCUUCGAUUUCUAAUUUCAUUCAAAAGAAGAAGGAAAAAAAAUAGAAAAAAGAAUUAAUAUGAAAAGUUGGAGUCAAAAGCCAUCACAACUCAAAGACGUUUGCUGCAAAAAUUCAGUCAGAAAACUACAAAACAAUGGACUAAUGUUUCAAUAGGAGAUGUUACUAAAGUGAAUAAAAAAGGGGCUAAUAAAGCAUUAAACUUAAUUUACAAGAACCUACAACAUUAAAACUUUUACUACUAAAUACAUAAAUAGAUUACAAUAAUGGAUAUUGAUAUAAAAAAAGACAAAAAAAAAGAAAUUUAGUAUGAAUCUCAAAUUGACAAGAAAAUUUAAUAAAUAAAUUUAUGUAAAAUUACUCAAAUGAAAGAUAUAUACUACUCUCGGUAGUAUAUUGAUAAAAAAAAAAAUGAAUGACUUUCUCAAUUGCUCCUCAGAAAAAAAAAACCUUUUUACUAUUGUUUUAUAACUGACCUACACAAACAGACUCGAAACUCAUGAAAAUUCGUAGAAAAAAAAAUAUAAAUGAAACGAAAUGGAUAUUUAUAGCGUUUAAUGAACCCCUACGAUGAUGAAAAACAAGAAAUGAAAAUUUAUACAGCAACUGAUGAAAAGCUAAUAAAUCACGCUACAUAUCUCCAUUGGUGCAAAACUAUAAUAUUUAAUAUUUACUAAUUAUAUACACACAUUAUAUAGAACAUAUGAAAAAAAAAUUAAUAAGGAUAAUAAUAUUAUUCGAUUGUAUAAUAAUGAAAAAUGAUAAAAAGGAAAUAUUGUGACACAUAUUUAUUCAGUAACUGCAAAACAAACCUACAGAACAUUCUGUGUUAGCACAUCAAAUCCGUUAGAAUGGAAUAUUUAUCUAAUAAAGAAACGAAGAAAAAUUGAAAAACUACAGAUUUGUGCAGGAAAUGGCUUUUUAGAUUCACCUAAUUUAAAAUUACAAUAAAUAAACAAUUAAAAGUACAGUAAAUCUAAAAUAUGUAUAUCAAGGUUGAAACAUAUUUGCAUAGAAUAUAGCAUAGUCAGAAAAGUUCGUUCCACACAGAAAAAAAUAUUUUGUAAAAAUAUUCGUAAAUGUUUGUGAAAUCCUAUGAGGGAGUUACACUGGUAAAAAUAAAAGGGUCAAAUUGACCCUUUUCAAAAGGAUGGAUCGUAUUUGACCCUUUGAAAGGUUCACUUUUGUAUCUCUUGAAAUUUACUAUGCACAUUUAUAACGAGUAAUCAUGUUUUAUUGUAAACUUAUUACUGAUAUCAUAUUUCUCUCAUCUGAGCGAAUACCAAAGAUCACUUUUUCAUUGUUUUUUUAUUCGUUUAUUCUGGAAUUAAAUAGAUGUCAAAACCGUGACCCUUUCGAAGGGUACCUGGUGACCCUUUCAAAGAGUCAAAUAUGAUCCAUCCUUUGGAAAAGGGUCAAUUUGACCCUUUUAUUUUUACCAGUGUACGAAAUGCUCGUGAAUCGUAUAACCCACAAACAAGUUCGUAAAAGUUUGUAUUUUUCACAAACAUUGUUUGUAACAUGAUCAUUUGACGAACAUUUUUUGUACUUUUACAAACAUUUGUUUGUAAAUGUUCGUAAAUACACAAAAAAUGUUCGUAAAAUUUUGUCAUUUGUUCGUAAAUGUUCGUAAAAUACUCGACAGGAAAACAAACAUUUGCAAACAAAUGACAAAAUUUUACGAACAUUUUUUGUGUGUUUAGGAACAUUUACGAACAAGUGUUUGUAAAGUACAAAAAAUUUUCCUCAAAUGGUCAUGUUAGAAGCAAUGUUUGUGAAAAAAGUACAAACUUUUAUGAACUUGUUUGUGGGUUGUACGAUUCACGAGCAUUUCGUAACUCCCUUAUAGGAAUUCACAAACAUUUACGAACAUUUUUACAAAAUAUUUUUUUCUGUGCAUGCAUUCGCAUGUGAAAGUUGCUGUUACAUUUAAAAUUUCUAUGAAAGCGUCGACUUUCAUCUUGUCUGCAUUGAUCUAUGUUUUUCCUUGGCUAUAUUCUAUGUUAAUGUGUAAACAUAACGAAGAUUAUGAUUAUACAUACAUCAAUUUACUUAAUUUGACACAAAUGUGCAAACAAUUUAAAGCUCAUUUUUUUCUGAAAAAUCCUUAACGUUUUAUGAUUAUAAAAACCAAAUUUCGAAAAUAUCUAUCAAGAACGCUAUUAUUUGACUUAUACCGAAACAUAGAACAUGGAACGGAAUUAUAGUAAAUUUUAAUCGAAAGCAUGAAAAUAGAACUUUUUUUUGAUUAACCCAUUUGUUACCAUUGCAUUAUACAUCAUACGCGGAUUGAGUGAUUUUAGAUAAUUUAUUACUGGGCAAUUGAUAUUCGAAUUUCUGUCGGGAGUGGAUUUUUAAUUACUUUAGUCCUUCAAUUACUUGGAAAAAAUAGCCGAACAGAGAUGGGAAUACAUUUUGUUGUUCUCUUCUCGAAGUCAUACAAAACAUUUGCUCAAAAAAUAUAUUAAGGUUUAUGGUCCGAAUGAUGCCACUGCACUAUUUGAUGCCACUUUGAAUAAAAGGGUAUUUUUUCAAUAUUAGGGUAAGUGUACCAAAUUUCGGCCACCUCAUUUGUUUCUCAAAAUUCCAUGAAUUUUUUGUUUUUGCGAAUUCUACAGAAUAUACAAUGCAAAAUAAUAGAAAAAAAUAUCCAUUCUACGAUCGGGAUGAUGUGAAAAAUACUUUGGAAGAAUUCCGGAAGAGCACGGAACUAUGAAAACCAAGGUGGCCGGAAUAAGCCACCAAAGCUAUGUCUACAUUUUUAUUCAUUUAAAAAUGCAUUAAGUAUGAUUUUAAAGAAAAUAAAUACGAUAAACUUUCUACAAGAUUCCAAGUAACAUUCCUUAAAACAAGUGAUAAAAAAAAUCAAUUUGUAUCGAAAAUAUUACACUUCAAGCUUAAGACUUUGGUGCUUGCAAGCAACUAUGCCGAAAUUUGGCACACUUACCCUAUGAUAUUUUUGAAUUAUGAUAUAUAUACAAUAGUAAUUUUUGGAUAUAUUUUAUAAUUAGAAAAUAUUGUAAUAUUGAAAAAUUACCCUUUUAUUCAAGGUGGCAUCAAAUGGGGUAGUGGCAUCAUAAAUUGUAACCGCAUAAAAUAUCUUAGCAGUUCUAUCGAAUUCACUGAUUGGUUAUAGUUUUAUAAGCUUUCAAGCUUUAGCCAACCAUACAUGAUGCAACUGAAAUAUUUUAUGGGAUUUAAUAGUAAAUUAUGGAUAAUGUUGAAUGAUGUCGCAUAUUAUUUGCAGAAUCUCUCUGACUGAGAGAGAAGAAGUUACAGAGCAAUUAUUCAGUGAGUACUUUUUUAAUAGUUGUUGGAGUUUUCCGAUAUUGCUAUAUAAAGUGCUAAAAACGACGUAAAAUAUUUUAUAAUUUCUAAAACCUUUGAGAUUUACAUUUGAAAAUCUUCAAAAGUUAAGGUACUUAAAGAAUUAGUCACAUGGAAUUAAAAAUUCAAUUCCACAAAAUGUUUCAGUCUAAUUACAUUCUCUGGUUGGCUGAAAGUUAUAAGCAUUAGGGGUAAAAGCUUUUCGAAAAACUAUAAACACAUUGGAAAUAAAUAUUUUAUGGGGUUAAAUAUUUUAAUAGAAGUGAACACUACUAAGGGCUAGGAUUUUGAAAGCUUACCAACUCUAUUCAUUCAGAUAAAGAGAUAAGGCUAAAAUAUUUCGUUUCAUAAAAUAUUUAUAGUGUCAUCGUGUUUCCUAAUUGACUAAACCACUAAAGCUUAAAAGCAUUUGAAACUUUUAAAUUUUCGUCAACGUGGAAAAAGUGAAGUAACUAAAAUAUUUAAUGGGAUUAUUAUUUUUUUACGUAGAGAUAAUGCUUUAUUUUUAUAAAUAUUGUAAUUUUUUUGUGGAAUAUUUUCUGAAAGCAUUACGGAGCUUUUUUGACAUAGACGGACAUAGAGUUUGAUAUUUUAGUCAAAUGAUCGUGUUCCUGAUAAGAUUUUCACGAUGUUUUAUCAUUAACAUUUCUAUAAUUUAGAUUUUAAUAAAUUAAUUCUCAACUGGAAAUAGUUCAUAUUUCAAUGAAUUCUGAUGCUAAAUUCAAUACAGAAUUUACAAUUUUGGCCUCGAGAAAAAAUCUUUUUUUUUUAAUUGAAAUUCAUUAUUACACUCAAUGUAGCCCUAAUAAUUUUAAAUUAAAAAAAAUAAUUCUAUUUAUAACACUCUCAUACGAAGUCCUUUAGGGGGAAGUGGGGCACUUUUGAAAGUGGGGCACCUUUGAAAUUGGGAUUUUUCUGCUAUUUUUAAGUGGAAUUAAGCCAUAUCAUAAUGUAAUUGAGCUUCUCAAUCUGUUUGUGCAGCUAAAUUAUAUCACGAAAAGGCUCAAUUUUAUUAAAAAAAAAUAGGUGAAAAAUCCCGAUUUCAAAGAUGACCCACUUCCCCCUAUACAAUUUCUUGUGCAAAUCUGUAAAUUUAGGAAGCAGUGUGGUGUGAAAUUAUUUAUUACGGAAUUAGAUAUGAAUUUUUGAAGAUCUUUACGUCAUAAUAAACACAAUGUGGGAAUAAAUCAAUAAGGCUUAACACAUCACACCACAAUAAAAUAUCUAUAUAUUUCCUUUGAUUUGAUAUCUCAAUCUAUACAAGUUCCAUUUUUCUAUCUACUACUUUUCCUCUCAUCACCUUUUUCACAUUGUCCAUAAAUUAUGUUGUAACUCAAGAUAAAUUUCUUGCUGUCACGGCAAAUAACACCACAGUUCAUAUACAGCGAAUUAGUAUUUACUAUAUACAUGGAAACUAUCAAUAGGAUAUUUUCUUUCAUUAUUUUCUCUCCCCAAAAAAAAAUGAUACUGCAUUUGACAACUAAAAAACGUACUCUAAUAAUAUUAGAAAAAACCUUAUUGAAGGCAUAAUUUGAGGCGGAUAGAGGUCAUAUUACAAGGAGAAGUAUUUUUAAAUUUAUAAGCUAAUUAAGGGACACUUAAAAUUGUAGUAGUUGCGCGCUCAUAUCACGUAUUAUCUCACAUAAAUUAUGUGCUUUUGAUGAAAAAAGUAAUAUUGCAUUACCUAUUUGUCACUGUUGUCGAGCCUAGUUGAUUGAAUUAAAAAUUAAAUAAUUUCUAUUAUUAGUUUUUAUAAAGCUUCGUGAUAAUUCGAAGGAUUGAGGGAGGAUUUCUUGAGAGAAAAAGUGAAUUUAAUUUAUAUUGAUUUCUUUAUUUUAAACUUUCAAUAUUUAUUUUAAAGCAUUAAAGUUUAAGACUUAAAAAAAUAGAUUUCUAAAUCUUAAAAAUUUCUCAACAGCAAAAAAAGUCACUUUUUCUCAAAAGAAGUGGUAUAUUGUUGGGAAUAUUUGGCCAAAUGUAAUGUGUAAUUUAUCAGAUAUUUCCUUUAUAGGCAUUUAUAAUAAUUUCUCUACAAAGAAAAUCACUGAUUAAAUCAAAUGUCUCCACAUCUUUUAAACUGAAUGAGAUAUUUUGAGUCACAUAUGCAUGAUGCAAAAGCUUUAUGAAAAAACAUUGUUCAUGCAUUUCUUUUCUACAUAAAUUGUUGGAAGAAAAAGCAUUAUAUAAAUUUAUGUAGCCAUAGUAGUUGUACAUAGUGUCAAAACUAAAUGAACAUUUAUUUUAUUUAGUCAACGUACAAUUGUUUCUCUCUCAAAGGAUAAAAAAAUGAUAUAAUAAGAAAUGAUUAGCUCAAUAUAUUAAUUGUGAUAACCAUUAUUAAAAAAAAAAUGCACUAAACGGAUUUAUCGAGAAUAAACUUUGAGGCUAGAAAAAAAAUGGAAAGACAAUGUGAGGCAACUGAGAAAUGAAAUAAACACACAACUGAUAAAGAAAUCUUAUAUCUAAUAUAGACAAAAAAAAGGAGUAAUAUAAUUAUGAGGAGAUAACUAGUGGAAAAAAAAUAGAGAAACAAUAAUCGUCACAAUAUAAUUGUUACAUGUUGUUAACCACAUCUCAAGAAAUAACAAGACAUUAUAAGGAUUAUUGAAGAAAAUUCCUAACACUGAAUAAUUAAUGUUUGAAAUGGACAAAUGAAUAUUUCUAUUAUAAGUUGAAUAAAGAAAAAAAAAAGAAAAAUUAUCCAUGAAGAAGCUUCAUUUGUGCAGUUAUGUAAUUUAUAAAUUAUUAUUAUUGCUAUAAUAUUUGACAAAAAAAAAGAAUUAUAUUAAUUAAUGUGAUUGUUAUCCCUCCUUCCAUUCCAGAAUACGAUGAAUUUUUAAGUAGAUAAAAAAGGAAAGAAAAAAAAUCAUUACAAAAAAGUAGUUGGGCCUAAGAAAAUGCUAAAAAAUAAUUACAAUAAUUGCAACACAAUUACAUUACAAUGACCCAUUACCUAUAAUUACUUACAAAAUAAAUAAAACAUUCUGAAAACAAAAUACUCUUGUCUUUUUCUAAUUCACCUUUUAUGCCAAAAAUGCAUUAAAAAAAAGAACUCUUUUCUACUUCAUUUUUUUCACAACCUCUCCUCUCUCUUUUUAAACUCUCGUGCAUAACACCACACAUUUAGAAGACCACACUUAGGUGACAUAGAAAAUAUUGAGAGAAAAUUUGCUAAAAAAAAAGAUCACUAAUUUUUACAUGAAGAUGAUAAACUAAAUAUUUGCUAAAGGAUACCUUUGAAAAUGAUAAUGAAAAGUGAAAUAUUGAAUUAGUAAAAUUUACUAAAAAAAAAAAAGAAAUGCUAUAUAUUAAAAUUUCCUAAACAAGUAAUGUAAUAUCUGAAAUAUGUAAAAUGCUUUGUUAAAUGUAAAUGUUGUGUAUAGAUAAUAUAAGAAUACACACAAUUUAAAUGAAAA